AUGUUUUUAUAUCAAUUCUAUUUGUUUUCAAGUUUUUCUCUAAUUUUCGGUGAUGAUUAUGAAACCGAAAAUGAGCCCACAUUUUCGUGCUAUUUCUGUGUGCACUCACAGAAGAAACAAGACGUGGAAACGGAUGCCGAUCAAAAUCCGGACUGCAUGAACAAAUUGAAAUUCGGUUCGCGACGUGAUCUGCAACGUGUUUGUACAUCUGCUGAGAAGUUUUGCACGUCAACGGUCACAAAUCUCAAUGGUUUCUUCACGUACGUUGAGCGAGAUUGCGCACAGGAAUGCACUGAGGGAUGCGACGAAAGAGGAUACGGGCUGUUCACACAAAGUUGCACACGUUGUUGCAAGUCGAAUCUCUGCAACGAGUACGAUGGCCGGAACUAUUACCUUCCGAAUUUUGCUUCAAAUUACCAUUUUUCUUCGUUUUUGAUACUUUUUAUUGAAAUAAUAAACUUAACAUUA